ACGUGUGGUUGUUUGCGACGGGAGGUGCAGGAUCAUGGGAGUGGCGGUUGUUUAAGAUGGCGAAAGCUGCGAAUUCGGUGAGUGAAGUUUUCUGGAGCAGAGAUCCAUCAGAUGAAGAACAGUCUGUGGUGAUUGUACCAGGAUUGUUGAUGGAGGGAAAUAUCAGACCUGAAAGAGAUGGUGUGAGAUGGUGCAAAAUGCAAGAAGUUAGAGCAAAACUCCCACAACACUCUGAUUCUGCCUUUUUGAAUCCUCUGAAGAUUAGACCUGUAAAGCCAUCCAUGUCGAAUGAGGUUAUUAAUGAAAAGCGGGGGUCCAAGACUGCAUCUUUGAAGGACCUCUGCCCAGAGGACAAGAGGCGCAUUGCUAAUCUAAUCAAGGAGCUUGCAAGGGUAAGCGAAGAGAAAGAAGAAACUAAAGAACGAUUAAAGGCUGAACAUGAAACAUUUGAGAAGAAAAUCAAAGAGCUGGAGGAUCAGAAUGGCCUAAUUGCUACUGAGCGGGAAGCCUUGAAGAAGCAGCAUAAAAAGUGCCAAGAACUAUUGACUGUUUACCAGAAUUAUCUGUCUGAACAGAAAGAGAAACUGAAUCAAUCGUUGCAUGAAUGCAACAAUGGGAAACUAGAGGUAAUCGCCGAGAAGAACCCCCCAGAUGCUUCAAUCCCAGAUGGCCUCCACCUGGGAAUUGCACCUUCUUGUACAUUAAAUGCUGUUGAUAAAUCUAAGCAUGUGCAUGUUGGUCCAUCUCUAGAACCUUGCCCUCGAUGUGACCUUGGCCAUUAUUUCCCAAACCACAAUGUUCUCAAUCGAGUUCACUCUCCGGGCAGCCUUCCAGUCCAGAAUGGUUGCAUGAAAAAGACUGAAACUUCAACUCAUGGAAAGCCAAUUGUAGUAAGGCAUUACAACAUGAAAGACGUGCAAGCUGGUCCAUCCAGUUUUACUUUUGAUACUGUUAAUCAAUCUCAGUGUGAAUGGUCAAAAGGAAAGACUCAUAGUAGAAAUCAAUUCACUGAUGGACAUAACUUUAGGAAUUUCAGACCGUUAAUGGCACAAGACGCCAUCUCGGGAACACUUUGUGAUGCAGCAGUAAAAAGUCAAAUAGGAAUGAUGACAGGUGAAGUUUUGUGUGGACAGAAAGUGUUUGUAGACCCAAAGCAGCAUCUACUGUGUCAGAAAAAGGAGCUGGAGCUGGAGCAAGAAACGCUGCAGAAAUUGCUCGCUCAACAGGAGUCUCUGCUCCUUUUAAAGCAACAGCAGUUACAAGAGUCCGUGUUGGAUUAUAGCAGGUCCAAGCAUCAUCUAUCGGAAACAGAAGACAUGACAUAUGGUGAGGUUCCAACAACCAAAGCAAGGAUUUCUUUACCAAAUUUGGCUGGAUCCACUGAGAGGUAUUUAAAAUCAGAAGAUCAUCUUUGCAAUGCCCAUUUGGAAGGAAACAUUAAGACAUCAACUACAGAACCCUGGGAAAGAUUACAUGCUGGAAACAAAAUAGCAUCUUUUGAUCCAGAAUUGAAUACUUUUAGGGGUACAGCUUUAUAUUCUGCUGGAGACAUGAGUAGACAACAAAUAGGGACUACUUCACUUGCUUACAAGGAUGUGGCUACUUCUCCUGUGUCAGUUUUCAAAAAGGACGAACAAGUUAACAUGGCAACAUCAUCCAUUUGGCCUGAAUCACUGAGCUACGAAGCCUCUCUUGUUCAUUUGGUGGAUACAUCAAGACCGGUUUCCUCACAAAAGCAUAAUUCGCACAUCAAAGAAAUAUAUACUACACCAAGAAAAAGCAACUUAAGUCUAAGUGGAUACCAUCAAAACCCCAUUAAAUUUGGAGUAGCUCCAACACAUAGUGAAGAUUCAGAUGAAGAACUUGAAGAAAGCAGAAUGCUGGAAGACAUUUUCUUCAUUUAAAAAGUGUGGAAAAAUGUUAUUGGCAUUAUGAAACUAUCAUGUUUUCUUUUUUUAGUUCUCUUAUUAAAACUGUGCAGUCUUGUUAUGUA